AUGGAAAGGGCCAAUGAGAGUUCCCUGAUGAGUUUCAUCCUUCGCUUCUCAGACAACCCUCGCCUGGAGUCUGCACUCUUUGUAUUAGUCCUUUUUUUCUAUAUCCUGACGCUUGUGGGGAACUUUGCCAUCAUCAUUAUAUCAUACGUGGAUCCUCUCCUCCACCCCAUGUACUUCUUCCUCAGCAACCUCUCCCUACUGGACCUCUGCUUCACUACCAGUCUUGCACCUCAGACCUUAGUCAACCUGAGAGGUCCAGAGAAGACUAUCACCUAUGGUGGUUGUGUGGUACAACUCUAUAUUUCUCUAGCGCUGGGCUCCACUGAGUGUAUCCUCUUGGCUGUAAUGGCUUUGGAUCGCUACAUUGCUGUCUGCAAACCCCUCCACUAUGUGGCUAUCAUGAAUCCACAGCUGUGCCAACAGCUGGCAUCCCUCUCCUGGCUCAGUGGUUUGAGCAAUUCCCUGAUCCAUGCUACUUUUACCUUGCAAUUGCCUCUCUGUGGCAACCAUAGACUCAAUCAUUUUAUUUGCGAAGUACCAGCUCUCCUCAAAUUGGCUUGUGUGGACACCACUGUCAAUGAGUUGGUGCUUUUUGUGGUUAGUAUCCUGUUUCUCCAAAUUCCCCCAGCACUCAUUCUUAUCUCCUAUGGCUUCAUAAGUCAAGCUGUGCUGAGGAUAAAGUCAGCAGAGGCAAGACACAAAGCCUUCAGCACCUGUUCCUCCCACCUUACAGUGGUGAUCAUUUUCUACGGCACCAUAAUCUACAUGUACCUACAACCAGGUAACAGUUAUGCUCAGGACCAAGGCAAGUUUAUCUCCCUCUUCUACACCAUGGUGACCCCAACCUUAAAUCCUAUUAUCUAUACUUUAAGAAACAAAGAUAUGAAAGUGGCUCUGAAACACUUCUGUCAAAAAAAUUGUGUUCCCUAUGACUGUGAUGUGCAAGGAAGCAUUUACCAAGAUAUGUAG